AUGAAAACCCAUAAUCCUGGUCGUCUAGCAGACAAGAAGUGGUCCGGACCUGUCAGGGGUGAUCGUGUCCAGCGCGAUUCGUUUGAUGUUGGGGCCAGGGCUUUCAACGGUGACUGGUGGUCAUUAGACGAGAGGGGCGCCUUUGGAGGCGUCGUGGCCCAGGUAGAGGAAGCCACUGGGCAGGCGAGCGAGGCCCGGCCGACGCGACGAGUCGUUGCUGGUCGUGGAGGACUGGCUGCUAGAGCGCUCCCGAGGGUGUUGGGCCACCGCGAGGGGGCCGUUUUGGAUCGGGGCCAAAACGAGGAAGCGGGAGGAGGGAGUCUCGGUGUACAUUUUGAUGAUGGGGUUGGAUGUGGAUGGUGUGAGAUAGAUAGACAGAUGGGAGAGAUUGGGGCGCAGUUUGUUGCGGUUGGUAUCUGA